AUGUCGAGUGACAAGAACAACAACCCUGGCCUCCUGGGCGGCCUAGGAAACGGCCUCGGCAAGACUAUUGGCGGCGUGACUGGCACCCUAGGCAGCGCUGUCGGCGGCCUAGGAAGAACCGUCGGCGGAGUCACCGAAGGGCUCGGACGGACGGUCAGCGGAGCCGGCGAAAGCCUCGAGGGCACGACCAAGAACGUGGGCGAAUCGGCCGGAAACACCUUCAAGAGUGAUAGCAACAAGAAAUAA